AGCUUGCACCCGAGUGCCGGCAGCCAAUAGAAAUUCUCCACGCUCGGUGAUAUGGGCGCUCUUAUUACGGUGCGGUUGAGAGGAGAAACUCAUUAUUUUGCAGAACGUUGAAUUGAAAAGAUUGCAGUGAAAAUUAAAGUGUUUAAAUCUGUGAAGGAACCGUGAAAAACCAGCUAAACCAGUCCUUGAGGAAACAAUUUGUGGAUUUAUUGUGUUUUUGGUGUGAAAAAAUCUCCAGGAUAUUGCAGAAAAUUGAGGGUGUACAAAUUACACAUAGCUGAGGAUGAGAAUACUGAGAAUUUUGGCCGUUGUGGCCUUUGUCAGCCUUGCGCUGGCUGAGGAGAAAAAGGAGAAGGAUAAGGACAUUGGCACAGUCGUUGGAAUUGAUUUGGGAACAACAUACUCAUGUGUUGGUGUUUACAAGAAUGGUCGCGUGGAAAUUAUUGCAAAUGACCAAGGAAACCGCAUUACCCCAUCAUACGUGGCAUUCACAGCUGAGGGGGAGCGUCUAAUUGGUGAUGCAGCCAAGAAUCAGCUGACGACAAAUCCCGAGAAUACCGUUUUCGAUGCUAAGCGCCUCAUUGGGCGUGAAUGGAGUGACACGACGGUGCAGCAUGAUGUGAAAUUCUUCCCAUUUAAGGUGAUUGAGAAGAGUAGCAAGCCCCACAUUCAGGUGGCAACGGGAUCGGGAACGAAGGUAUUUGCUCCUGAAGAAAUCUCCGCCAUGGUGUUGGGGAAGAUGAAGGAAACAGCCGAAGCUUAUUUGGGCAAGAAGGUCACGCAUGCUGUUGUCACGGUGCCAGCGUACUUCAAUGAUGCACAGCGACAGGCAACAAAGGAUGCCGGUGUAAUUGCUGGCUUGAACGUCAUGAGGAUUAUCAAUGAACCCACCGCGGCGGCUAUUGCCUACGGGUUGGACAAGAGGGAUGGUGAGAAGAAUGUGUUGGUGUUUGAUUUGGGUGGUGGUACCUUCGAUGUGUCCCUCCUGACCAUUGAUAAUGGAGUCUUUGAGGUUGUUGCCACAAAUGGUGACACUCAUUUGGGUGGUGAGGACUUUGAUCAGCGUGUCAUGGAUCAUUUCAUCAAAUUGUACAAGAAGAAGAAGGGUAAGGAUAUCAGGAAGGAUAAUAGGGCUGUACAGAAGUUGCGAAGGGAAGUUGAGAAGGCUAAACGUGCUCUGUCCGGAAGUCAUCAGGUUCGCAUUGAAAUUGAAUCCUUCUUUGAGGGUGAAGACUUCUCGGAGACACUAACACGGGCAAAGUUCGAGGAAUUGAAUAUGGAUCUCUUCCGGUCAACAAUGAAACCCGUACAGAAGGUACUUGAGGAUUCGGAUAUGAAUAAGAAGGAUGUCGAUGAGAUUGUUCUCGUGGGUGGAUCAACGCGUAUCCCAAAAGUGCAGCAACUUGUUAAGGAAUUCUUUGGUGGUAAAGAACCAUCGAGGGGCAUUAAUCCCGAUGAAGCUGUUGCCUAUGGAGCAGCUGUGCAAGCUGGUGUGUUGUCUGGGGAACAAGAUACAGAUGCCAUUGUGCUGCUCGAUGUGAAUCCCCUGACAAUGGGUAUUGAAACCGUUGGGGGUGUCAUGACAAAACUCAUUCCACGCAAUACAGUCAUUCCCACGAAGAAAUCUCAAAUCUUCUCCACGGCAUCGGAUAAUCAGCACACAGUUACCAUUCAGGUGUACGAAGGAGAGCGCCCAAUGACAAAGGAUAACCACUUGUUGGGUAAAUUCGAUCUUACGGGCAUUCCACCGGCUCCACGGGGUAUUCCACAGAUUGAGGUGAGCUUCGAAAUUGAUGCCAAUGGUAUUCUCCAGGUAACAGCCGAGGACAAGGGUACCGGGAACUCCGAGAAGAUUGUCAUUACAAAUGAUCAGAAUCGCCUGACGCCCGAGGAUAUUGAGCGAAUGAUUAAGGAUGCAGAGAAAUUCGCUGAUGACGACAAGAAACUAAAGGAGCGCGUUGAGGCAAGAAAUGAGCUCGAGAGCUAUGCGUACAGUUUGAAGAAUCAACUGUCGGACAAGGAGAAAUUGGGCGCUAAAGUGUCGGAAGAUGAGAAGACAACAAUGGAGGAGGCAAUUGAUGCCAAGAUUAAGUGGCUCGAGGACAAUCAAGAUGCCGAAUCGGAGGAUUUCAAGAAGCAAAAGAAGGAACUCGAGGAUGUUGUACAGCCAAUUAUUGCUAAACUCUACCAAGGACAGGGUGGUCCACCACCAACGGCGGGCGGAGAUGAUGAUGAUGAUCUCAAGGAUGAACUGUAAACUCUUUUUUUUUUCAAAUUUAGUGCGCGAAAAGUGGCUGAAGACAUAAAAAAAAUAAUUUAUAAAAUGAAACGCGAAAAAAAAACCCAGUAGAAGAUCAGGCUAAGCUAUUUUAGGGUUAUUUAUUACAAAAAUGUGAGAGAAAUGAGCUAAGAAAAAUCAUUUUUUUUUAGUGUUUUCAAAAUUCCCUAUGUUGUCAAUAAUGUUUAAACAUAAUUUACAUUUUUUUUCAAUCAGUUUAUUACUUUAAAAGUUCAAUUUUCUCAAGUCCUAAGUUAGAAUGCAAAGAAGGUGAAAUAUAAAUUAUAAAAAAAAUGAAUAAUUAAUUGACUGACUGUGUGCGUGUGAUUUAUGAUUAUGUAGCGACUGAGGUGAAUUUUAUAAAUAAAAUAUAAAAAAAGAUAAA